AUGUGUGUUCCUUUGCUUUUAGUUCUUCUUAGAGUCAUCCGCGACGAAGGUGAUGGACAGUUAUUGACGCCUGCUACUACGAAAUAUGUUUUUUUUCAUCAUGUUCUCACCAACGAUCAUGCUAUUAAUCGGAGGCUUUACCAUUUCAUCUGCCCUAACAAGACCAAUAUUGACCGAGUGCUGAUCACUCGCGUUCUCGCACUAGCUGGUACACACCCAAGCACCGUUCUGCUUGCAUUCAUGGGCGUGUCGCGUUUCGCCAGCAUGUGGAUCAGUGAUGUUGCUGCCCCCACGCAGUGCUUCACCCUGAUACGGCCCAUUUUGCGGACACUAACGGUCCUCGGCAUUUGGCAAUCAAUCGCAUUGGCCGCAAACAUCGGUGGGCAGAGCUCGCUGAUAUCAUCACCACAAAAUAUCAUUGCGCUGCAGGCGAUGGACCCAUCGCCUGACUGGACGAAGUGGUUUGCUGUGGCUCUGCCCGUUUCGGCUGGGCAAAAACGACAUUCCGAGACUUGUGAUUCUGGAGGCUGUGCUGAGUUUUAUACAACCUUCGCCGUAUUGAGUAUCACAUGGCUAAGGCUAGCAGUAGGAAUCUUGGUCUCAACACAAGCGCCUCACGAAGGCAAUUUCAAACGAUACUCCGAUGGUGAAGCAGGGGUCUGGUGCCAUGGAAUGAGUGUUACGUCCGAUGGGAUUGCUUUCCUCACUGCCAUAUCUGCUGCGGUCUCAGCCGCCCUUGUUCAUCGCACGGCUGGGAAAUCGGUUUCUGGGCUUCAGGCGAACGUCGCUGAGAGUGAUAAGAAGGAGUUUCAAGUUGCCAAAGGUUUAGAACAAGUUAAUGAAUAUCCGAUACUCGCAUCGUGGAGCAUAUAUUUUAUACAACGGUGUGUCCGUUCCGCGCUACCUACCAAAGAAAGCCACAUGAGUAAAACUUACCCCUCGCAUAUGGAUGCCAUGGAUUUCAAGGGACAUAUACCAGCCCACUUCAUUCACCUAAAAUAUUACUUGACUUUUUUCACAGGCCGCUGGUAG